AGCGGUAUCUGCAUAUUCCUCCAGGAAUCGUCCUUUUCUUCCCUUCGCCGUAUGAGUUUUCCACAGCAGGUUCGCCGCAUGAAUUGCGACCUGUCGGGAACACAUCGGUUCUCUGCCCGCGCACUCUAGCUCCAAUCGGGCUGUCAUGGCUCCAGGUGCCGGAGGAAAGAGAAAAAGAGGCGAUAGAUCGUGGUCGGGCGAUUCAGGGAACGACGCUCAGCGACCUUCCCCCCAUCGACCAGCCAACCUCAACAUGGCGCAACACAACUACGGCCCGCAAUCUCGUGACUAUUCCGACGCGCGUGGCCGAGUACGCAGACAACCCAGUCGAGGAGGAAGGAAUAGCAUGGGUCGAAGACCCAGCACCGAAGGACAGAGCGCUCCGAGCGGUCGGCGGGAUAAUGCCAUGUCCCCACCUAACUCAGCCCCGGCGAAAGACGUUCCAGAUCCAAGCCAGGCAAAUGGCGUCCUUCCGAUAGUGAAUCAGCAAAAGCCGCCUUCCUCCCCUUCACCCUCGCCAGCUUCAUCUCUCCCCCAAUCACACAUUCAACCAUCACCCGCGCCUACUCCCACGCCUGCACCUGCACCGCCAGCUCCGAUGGCAGCUCCCCAGCCUCCUGCUGGGCCUCCGCCGCCCUACGACUACGAACAUGUCACACAACAUGCUAUCGAGGAGUGGGCUGCGACGGGGAAGAAGGCUAUCGUGGAAAGCGGAAUCCGAGUAAGAGAAGCACAGGAUGCCUCCGCGCUGGCAUCGAUUUAUCAGGAACUCAUACGGUCCGCCCUCCAUGGACGGUUGCCAGCGGAGGAAGCAGGUGCUACAGUCAAAGAAAUUAUUGGCGAAGAUGUUGCCGCGGAGGAUGUUGAUAUGGACGGUGAGGGAUCAAGCUCAGACCUGCUUGAUACGCGCUCUCUGUUUUUGGACACAUUGUCUAUAUUGACCGAUUCCGACACGUCGAACGCCGCCCUGAGGCCGCUCGUGUUCUCCACAGGGAUUAACUCCGCGCUCAUGCGCCUACAACUCGACACACAACUCCUCCAAUCCUUAGGACUUGUCCGCGAGACAUUCACCCGUAUGGGUAUUCGCAAGCAAACCAACCUCCUUUAUCGACAGUCGAACUACAACCUUUUGCGGGAAGAGUCCGAAGGGUAUUCCAAGCUGCUCACGGAACUUUUUACGACAAGCAACAAUGAACCUCCAUCCAGUGAAGUAGUCGAAGACACAUUUGAAAGGGUGAAAGCCAUGAUUGGCGCCUUCGAUAUGGAUGUCGGUCGUGUUCUCGAUGUUACCCUUGACGUUUUCGCCGCUGUCCUUGUAAAGCAGUACCGCUUCUUUGUGAAGCUCCUGCGGGCCAGUUCCUGGUGGCCGAAAGAGGACGCCUUCCGCACCGUUGAUGCAGGCAACCGUGACUCUGGCCUCCCUAACUGGGCUUUGCCUGGAUCAUCCGGAUGGGUCACAACCGACGAGGAGCGUCUUGAGGCAAUGAAAGCCAAUGAGCAGCGAGACCACGAUUUCUGGAACAGGGUCAGAGAAAUUGGAAUCCGUGCUUUCUUUGAAAUUGGCCGCCGGCCCGUGUCUAAAGAAGAGUUACAGCAGAUUCUUCCGGAAAGCAAUAGUCUUUCGGAAGAAGAAAAAGAGAUGCGAAAGUGGAUCGAGGAAACAGGAACCUUGCCCCCCAAGGGGAGUCGAGUAGCAGCUCAAUUACUCGGAUUCAAACUUCGAUUCUACUCUUCCCGUGCUCGCGCUAAAUCCGACGUUCUCCCUGACAACCUCAUCUAUCUUGCGGCACUGUUGAUAAAGGUUGGGUUCAUCUCACUACGUGACCUAUAUCCUCACCUCUGGAGGCCGGAUGAUUCGAUGGGUGCGCUGAAGGAGGAGAAGAUGAAGGAAAAGGCGGAACGGGAACGGGCAGCGCGCCCUGGCGGUGGUGUGAACGCUUUGAUGAUGGCCGGUGCUCUAUCAGAUGAUACGCUACCUAUUCCACGCAUCCGAGAAUCCGAGACACGAUCUGCGACUCCUGGAAAAGACCAAGAAACGGACAAAUCCACGAGCCCGAAGGCGGAAGAGGACGAGCUUCCUGAACCCUCGGACCAAAAGGUAAUGCUUCUAAAGAGUCUCCUCGCAAUUGGAGCCCUUCCAGAGUCCCUGUUCAUUUUAAGCAAAUUCCCCUGGCUCAUGGAGGCCUACCCCGAGCUCCCGGAGUUUAUCCACCGCAUUCUCCACCACUGUCUCGGCAAGGUCUAUGCCUCAUUGCGGCCUUUGCCUUCGAUAGACGAACUCAAAGAACAGAAACAAAUCUUGAACCAUGAUCAGGCAGGCGUGCCCAAGGGUCAAAUUCGGCUGACACAAGCACCGCCACGACGAGUUCUCCGAUGGGCUCAACUCGAUAAGGAGGAUACAAACGAUGGAACCGACUAUAGAUUUUACUGGGACGAUUGGGCAGACAAUGUCCCUAUCUGCCAGACGGUCGACGAUGUCUUUGCAUUGUGUUCAUCAUUCCUGAACCUCUCUGGCCAUAAGAUCGGCCAGGACCCAAGCUUGUUAACGAAGAUUGCCAGGAUCGGAAAGGACAGUAUGAACAAAGAUCAUUCGCCCGAGAAUCGGGCGCGCUGGCAGGACCUUUGCAAGCGACUCCUGGUCCCAUCGAUCAGUCUCACAAAGGCCAAUCCCGGCGUGGUGAACGAGAUCUUCGAUCUCAUCAGUUUCUUUCCCCGGGAGAUACGGUACAACAUGUAUGCCGAAUGGAACGCUGGUCAAACGUCUAGACUGCCUGACAUCAAGUCUGCCUUCGAUCAGGCGAAGGCGGAAACGAAGGACGUUCUUAAGAGGCUUAGCAAAACGAACAUCCGACCGAUGGCUCGCGCAUUGGCCAAGAUUGCUUAUGCCAACCCUGGAAUCGUCAUCACCGUUGCCAUCAAUCAGAUUGAGUCCUACGAGAAUCUUAUUGAAGUUGUCGUGGAGUGUGCGCGCUACUUCACGUAUCUCGGUUACGAUAUUUUAACAUGGGUCAUGAUCAGCUCGCUCGGCCAGAAGGGACGAAGCCGUGUGCAAGAAGGUGGCUUGUUGACUAGUCGUUGGUUGAAUGCGUUAGCCACGUUCGCAGGACGGACCUUCAAGAGGUAUUCGGUGAUGGAUGCUACCCCCGUCCUCCAAUACGUUGUGCAGCAGCUCCGACAAAACAAUUCGACGGACCUGAUUAUCCUAGAGCAGAUGAUCAGUUCCAUGGCGGGAAUCAUCACCGACAACAAUUUCAACGAGGCGCAAAUCCAGGCUAUGGCGGGUGGCGAACUCCUUCAAUCCCAGACAAUCUUGCAGCUGUUGGAUAAGCGACACGAGUCAAAGACUACCUCGAGACGGCUUAUGAAGUCUCUUACGGUAUCGAAACUCGCCGGGCAGUUGCUCAUCGCCAUCGCCCAGGAACGCUGGACCUGCGUCUUCAAAGAAACAGAAGGCGCCUCGGAGCUCAAACUUCUGGGCAACAUUUUCGACGAGAUCCAUCGUAUCUUGGUUCAGUACCUGGACUUGCUUCGCAGUAAUCUGUCGGUGGAGGAUUUCGAUUCCUUUGUCCCUGACUUGGCCACUCUUAUCAAAGAAUUCGGCAUUCAGCCUGAAGUCGCAUUUUGGAUCCGGCGACCGAGCGUUGCCAAGAAGAUUGCAGACAUGGACCGGACGGCACAAGACGAGGACUCUCCUACGGCCGGCGUGACCGCAGCUCCCGCUCGUGAGAGUGAAGAGGCGCCGCCGUCUUCUAAACCCGAGGCGGAUAAGAUGGAGACGGCUGAAGAUGGAGAGGCGACCGUCGCUGAAGGUGAACAGUCGGAGAAUGCCAUGGAAGUGGACAAAGAAAAGCCCGAGAACGCCGAUACACCCAGCAAUGAGAAAGCUACCACCGGACCUGCUACUGCUGAAGGACCGGCUUUGAAUCCAGUCAUGCAGGACCUUCAAGACCAAGUCAAGGAUGUUUUGGGCUCAGAGACAUGGGGAGUUGUCGGCCUACACUUCUAUGUGACGUUCUGGCAACUGUCCCUCUACGAUGUGCAUAUUCCCCAGAAAGCGUACGAAGAUGAAAUCGAUCGUCAGAAGAGGAAGGUCAUUGCAAUCAGCAACGACCGCUCCGACAUCAGCAUGGCCGGAACCCAAAGAAAGGAGCGAGAGAAGAGGCAACUGACGCAACUCCAAGACCGGAUAUUGGAGGAGAACAAAGCCCACUUGAAAGCCUACGGACAGACGAGGGCGAAGCUUCAGAAGGAAAAAGACCGCUGGUUUGCCGGUAUGCGCGGGAAACACGAUGCUUUGAAUGUCGCCCUCCUCGAGCAAUGCUUCCUCCCACGCCUGCUAUUUUCCCCCAUCGAUGCAUUCUAUUGCUUCAAGAUGCUUAAAUUCCUUCACACGACGGGUGCACCCAACUUCCGCACCGUCGGUCUCCUGGAUCAGUUGUUCAAGGAACAGAGGCUUAUCGCCUUGAUAUUCCAGUGUACCUCGCGAGAGGCUGAUAACCUUGGCCGAUUCUUGAACGAAGUGAUACGCGACCUUGGCCGUUGGCAUGCUGACAAGGCAGUCUACGAGAAGGAGGCUUUUGGCACCAAGAAAGACCUUCCUGGGUUUGCCAUGACCGUGGAUCCCGAAGGAAAGCCCACGACGUUCCUGGAGUACGAAGAUUUCCGCCGGCUGUUGUACAAGUGGCACCGUCUCCUCGCGCAGGCCCUGAAAGUCUGCUUGAAUGGCGGCGAAUACAUGCACAUCCGUAACGCCAUCAGUGUACUGAAGGCUGUUGUGCAGCACUUCCCGGCCGUGAACUGGAUCGGCCAUAAUAUGUUGGCGAGCAUGAACAACUUGAGUCAAAACGACGAACGAGACGAUGUCAAGAUCCCGGCGGCUUCACUUAUUGGCGAUCUCAACCGGCGCGAGAAGAAAUGGUUGCUUCCCCAAGCCUUCAUGAUCUCUAGUCAACCGGUGCCCGGCCGAGGAAACCAAGCAACUGCAGCAGCAAAGCCUGGCACUCCUCGUCCCCAGUCUAGUACCCCAACUCCCUUGAAUGCUGGUGCCGCCGAGUUUAAACCCACAGCCACCCCUGAAUCACAAGGAGCCUCGAAGUCCGAGUCGGGCCCCACGAAGACCGAAGUGGAAGAUGGGGAGAUUGAGGACGCUAGGAUGAUCGAUGUCCCGAUGCCUGAUCGGACGGCUCCAACGCCGAGUGAGACCACCGAUGCUGUGACGCCUCAACGUGAUUUCACUGCGACUGAGCCUCAGGCUGCCGAAGCACAACCAUCAACUGCCCGCGAACCAACAUCGAGCGACAAAGAUGCGACGACUACUCGCGGAGCUCAUCCCGAAGGGGACCUUCCUCCACGCCCCGUGGCCCCGGCAUCGCCUGCCGGAUCGCAGCCUCUGUCGAAGGGCCUGGAUGUUGGCAGACCGGCAAAUGUACCGAAGCGCCCUGAAACGGAGCGAGCCCCGUCUGGUGCCCAGAACCCACGGUCCCAAGGCCAGGGCCUACACCGUUUUCCACGAGAUGACAAGUUGCCCCCUCGCCCGGAUCUCCUAGAUGACCGGCGUGAGCGACACCAAGAGUAUUCUCGCGGUGGUCGCUUUGGAGGUGACCAUGACUAUCCUCGGCAAUUUGACCCCGCCAUGGCUGAUGGGCGCAGCUACGGUCGCCUUGACAGAGAGUAUGCUUCAAGGCCACCCAUGGAAGAACCAUUCCGUGGACCUCCUCAUCGGGAUGGACGUCCACCUCGCGACGCGGACUGGCCGGAUCGGUCAGGUCGCCUGCGUCCAGAUGCUCGUGAGGGACUGACUAAUGUACGGUCCGGGCCCCCAACGCACCCUGAUCGCGCGGGUAUGAUCGACGACCACCCCGAGGGCUAUCGGCGCGGCGACACCGGUCGACAGGAAAGAGACGACCGGCGGAAUAUAGCGCCCAGAGCAUUGUCACCUCCAAGGCUAGAGCCACUGGGCCGUCCGGAACGGUUUUCAGGUGAGGAUCGCCGGUCUGCAAACUUUGCCCAUGCUCAUCCGCGAAAUGAAGACAUGCCCACGGGGCCACGCAGUGAUCGGUUUGGGCGCCCGUCGAUGGAUGGAACUGACUCUAGAGACCCGGUUCCGGGAAUUGACAUGAACCAUGGACGCCUGCGCCAACCGGACCCGCCUUCGGAUGUCCCGUCAGGUCCGAGGGGCAGGAAUAUCGUGGGACGCGGGGGACGCAAUGCCGCUGGCUUGCCACAUCCCCAGGCAUCGCCUGCGAGCGGUCCCAUGGCAGUCACUGAGCGCCAACCCCCGACUGGCCCUGGCCGGCAGGGUCUACGAAACGCACCGGAUCAAUCUCCCGCGACCGGCCCUCCAUCCCCGGGCGGAGAGAAGCUCGACACCAGCGGGAUCCACCCAGACAGGCUUAAGGUUUUGCAACAACAGCCCCAGGAAAACGCCUACGGUGGAAGUCCACGGUCGCAACAUGCGCCCUCACCUGCGGCGAUUGUUCCCCCAUCUGGUCCUCGCAGUGGACUUGGGCCCCCGGCGGGACCUUCCGCCAUGCCACGUGGUCCGCCCUCGGGCCCUGGUUUUGGCGGUGAACGCGGCCGGGGAGACAAGCGAUUCGCUGGCAUCAACAACAUGCUCCAGCAGUCCGGUGGACCGCCGGACCGUGGCCCUGGCCCAGCCAUUCGCGGCCGGGGCGCCAAUCGGCAGUCGGCCGCCAUGAACGCUCCAUCACCACAAUCGGCCCGUUCCCAAACACCCGUGGGCCAGGAGGAGGGUGGCCGUGGUGGCUCGUCGGGUCAAGGCCGUCCUGAUCUUAUGGCCGGCCGGCCCUCUGGAGCAGCAUACAACGAAGAUGACAACCUUUCCCGGAAUCGACUGGGUGGUGGACGAGAGCCUGCCGAUGAUGCAGGGAGCACGGAGAGCCGACGAGGUCAGCGAUUCUCUUCGGGCGCCACAUACCCGCGUGAUCGGGAGCGAGAAAGGGAGCGCGAGCGCGAUCGGGAGCGGCGCGGAGGCGAGGAGGAUACCUCACGCAGUAGCAGUCGACGUGAGGAGCAUCGGGAGCGAACUCGGGAUUAUGAACGUGAGCGGAGUCGGCGGAGCGAUGUAGGAGCGGGUGCGAACCGGGAGGAGCGGUAUGAGUCCCGGGAAGCGUCUCGACGAGGGCCUGGUGCACGCGAAGACAACCGGCGCCGACGAGACCGGGAUGAGGGAUCUGACAUUGCCCCAAGUAACGCGGAGCAUGAAGGCCGUCUCCGCCCGCCGUCUUCACUGGGCGGACAGGCCCCUCCGCCGCCACCACCGCCGCCGCUUGUUGGAGGUGAGGAAGAGCGCCGCUGGGGAGGAGGACGUGACCUGCGGGACCGGGACCGAGACCGUACCCGGGAUCGCCCGCGGGAUCGGGACUACCAUCCUGAGGGUGGCGGUGGAGGACCGCACCGCAAGCGCAAUCGACCGGGCGACGAAGGUGGACACGGAGAGAGCAGUGGACGGGGAGGGAUGCGGAUGGGGAGUGAGAACAAACGGCCUCGACGAGGCGCGUGAGGGGCGGGGUUGGGCGGAAUGAUCCGUGAUGCAUAUUGCUUUUGUCUCUCAUUGAAUCUACUGUUUCCUUUUGACCUACUGGACUCUUCAAGCAUUGGUGGGCGGAGUUCUGCGUUCCGUCUGUUGCCUGGGAUUACCAUUUCCUGCAUGCAUCGGCCUGUAUUAUAUUUCUUUCCUCUCUGUGUUGAUUGGAUAAUUGGAUGCACGCAGCCGGG